CCCGCGAGAGCGAAUCGACCACGCGUCAAAUUCACAAACCAUAGAGAGAGAGAGAGAGAGAGAGAGAGAGAAGAAUGAACGAAGCCCUUCUCUCGUCCUCUCCCUUUCAAUGGCUCCUCCUCCACCCUCGAAACCCUACUCGACCCCCAAACCCUACCUCCUCCUCCUCCUCCUCUGCUGAUACUUAAAACCCUAGUCGUCGUCGUCGUCGUCGUCGUCACAUGGGUGUCGCCGACGAUGGACCACUACAAAACCCUAGGAUUGCGGAGGGACGCAAGCAAGGAGGAGAUCAAGGAGGCGUUCCGCCGAUCGGCCCUCAGAUUCCACCCCGAUCGCCACUCCAACGCCUCCGAGGAGGUCAAAGACGCCGCCUCCGUCCGAUUCAAGCAAGCCUCGGAGGCGUACGAGGUGCUGAUCGAUGAGCGGAUGCGCGCCGACUACGAUCGCGCGUGGCGCGGCGCCGGAUCCUUCGAUCGGCGAGGCUACGGUGGGUAUUCGUCCUCGUCGUCGUCUUCUUCGUCGUCCCACUAUUNUGAUUAA